GCACUUCGCACACUGCAUGUACACAAGUGAAUGGCGAAAUUCAGUGGAGCGGGUGCUUGUUUCGAAUGGGUCUAACGCGAAAAAGUGGGGUCAACUCGGGGAGAUUUUUACUGCUAUUUCUUGUUGGAUUUUUACUAGGGAACGAUGCCACAACAGCAUAGUCGUGGUGGAGAGGACGAUGGACCACCAGAUGAAACCAAGACUUAUCAUACCGAAGGAGAACAUGAGGAAAAGGCGAGCGAAAACGUGGUCGGACCUCGGGACUCGUUCGAUGAUCAUGAGUUGAACGACGUGAAGUCUAGCUUGAUCGAUGAGGGAGAGUCGGUGUCGCAUAAAGGCUCGACUUCGCAGAGAAAUAAACGGUUGAGCUCAAGCUAUGGCGACCAUUCAAAGGAAGACCGACACAAGAAGCUUCACUCGGUCAGCGACGCGUCCAAGCUUGACCACGCUGCUCGUUUUUAUCCAUAUUCAAGCCUGUAUAUAACCAGUGCUGGCUACCCAAAUGGAUCUAUGGUCGGAGGGCCAGGGGUGAGUUACAAUUGAAUUCAUAAUCCCCGACCUUGUUUUCCUCCGAAUCGAAACGGCCCGUAAAUCACUGCUCUACUGUAUAGCAGUGUAUAACGUGUACACGUAAACCCAUGGAGCAUGGCUUUGUAAAUGCACCUCUUGGCUUUACAGUGGAUAAUGCCUUCCUGUUCUAUGUACUAUAGAAUGGGUCUGCUAUGGGGUGCAAUGAUGGUAACCUUGCUUUAGAGGCAUUCACAUGGGUUUGUGUACACAGGGUCAAAUAGAAACCACAACCUCGUUUCAACUGAUGUGGUCUGUAGUCAAAAUAUAAUAUCUUUUUUGUUUUCUCUUGCUGGUUCAUGUCCUUUCUUGGGAAUAGUUAUUUGAAUUAAAAAAUAGACCCUAGAUGGUUUUUUUUCUUUCCACUGGAUACUUUAUUUUUCAAAAUAAAUAUAAAAUUCACAUGAAAGAUUGUAAUGUAUUGUCAUAAGCAUACUGUGUUUACUACUUUCUUAAAAAAAAUGCUCUGUGAAAGUACUUGUUUCAGUAUUUGUUUUUUAAUUAAUUGAAUCAAGUUUAUCACGUAGGAUUUGAUGGGAAAGAUAUCACAAAAAUAGAAAUUAACAUGAUAAUUAAAUAAUACAAAAAAUUUGCAAAAUUUGACUCCAUAUAAAAAAAAAGAAUUAUAUGCCGUUUAAUCAAUAUAUCUCCUUAUAGGCUUGCAUGAUAAUAACGUAUUUAAUUUUGAAUGUUAACAGCACAUUUUUUAUACCGGUAAUAUGAUAAAGUCACUGUACUAAUACUAUUUUUUUUUUUUUUUUUUUUUUUUGGGGGGGGGGUCUAAGUAUAAAAAAAUGUUCUUAGCACUACAUCCUGACUUGUGGAUCCUGCUGAGUAUUGUCCUAGAAAUAGAAGUACAUGUAUAUUCAAGUACACCUUUUGGGACAUUUUUUACUUUCGUACAUGAAAUUAAUAUUUUGAUACUUUGUCUAGAAUUAUAGGAAUUAACGAUAGCAAGUAUAAGCUGUUAUAGAGAGUAAAUAGAAUAGUAAAUAAUUUGUUUUGCCUUGUAUUAAAGUCAUAAAAGGAUGCUUUUGUCUGUAGAGAGCGGUAGAGAAAAAGGAAAGUAAACAUAUUGUGUGAAAUUUGAUUGGCAUUUCACAUUGCUCCGUCUGCUUCCCGGUGAGCAAAGAAUUUUGAUUGUGUUGCCCAUCUAAUGUACUGGACCAAUAUCAAGAUGUUUUACAGGGUUUGUUCACAUGAACAGAAAAUAUGUUUUAUUCAGCAAGGAAUCAAGAUUACAGUUUGUCACUGAUGUCAGUAAUGUCAAUGCUCUUUGUGUGAUAGUGUACUGUACUGUACUUCAUGAAACAAGGCUGAGCAUUUUGUAGGCCUGUAGCCCUAUACAACAAUAUACAACAAUGUAAAACAUUUUUUAUACAAGAAAUGUGUUUCUCCUUUGGUAUGUUCCAUUUAUUUCUUUUGAAAAUCCUUUUUUUUUUCGAGGUGGGGGAUGGGGUCAGGUGACUUCAGUGUUUAUAUUUCAAUCAUUUUUUUUUUUUUAUUGAUCAUGAUUUUUCAAACCAGCGAGUUUUUGUAUAAACUUAAUUUUUUUAAAAGUUCAUUUUAUUAAAAAAAGAAAGAUAUUAAAGCCGUUGACAAAAACGGGAAGUGAAAUAUUAUCAUUCGUCUCAACCAGACCCCAAACGCCACAUCACAAUUGCAAGUAAUCAUACCCCCAAAUUUGCAUCUGUAGAGAAAUUAAGAACUAGAUGAGAAGAUGCUGAGAAAUUGAAAACGGUCCUAACUAAACGUCAAUGGGAAUGUACCCUCCAUUUUCUCCCUCAUGUGGACAACACACUUGUACCACAUUGCAAGAAACCCAAGCUAUGAUUGACAUGGACAUGACCUUUGAACCAGUUUCUAUUUCUGGGAAUAUAUACCAACCCCCACAAGCAUGGGAUCAUGUAUCUGUAAACCAUAUUACCACUUGCAUAUUUCAUCCAUAUGUCUGUAGAAAUCACAUUCAUAUUUUUGUUGAUGACUUUGUCACAUUCUACAAAUACCCGCUGUGUGUCUGUUUGAUGAAUGGAUUCAAAGUAAAAUGAUUUAUAUUCCCUCCUUAUGAAUUUUUAUUAAUUAUUUGUCUUAGAAAAUUUGGAAACUUGCAUUUAUACAUCAUGAUUUUAUGAAUUCAUGCAAGUAGGCCUAAUCAAGAAUUUAUGUGGGGUUUCCUCCCAUAAUUGCAAUGUCUUGGCCAACUUUUAUACUCAAGUUCACAUUUCCUGAUGUUCUUUUCCCUUGAAGUUGGUUUUCAAGGGUAUUAAUUAUGAUUUUAUUCCAAAUGACUACAUGUAGUUAAAGUUAUUUAGGGUCCUUGUUUAAACUUUACAUCUUACAGUUAAUACCGUAUAUGCAGCCUGCAUAUACAUGUAUGUUUACAAAUAAUAAUACGAAAGGUGGACGUUUUGUCACACAACACAAGCUCGAUCCAUUUUAUUUACAUGUAGCUUGCAUGUUUUUCAUUAUUGAAAAAAAGUAUUUCUG